CUCGACAAGUUAAAAUCAGUCUUCGUCUUCUAGCCAUAGAAGAAGGCAGCACUGAGAGUCUCCUUCUCAAAUAAUUGCCGCCACACGAUUAGAAUCACAGUGUUUUGCAAAAACUGCACUGGUUAGCGGAGAUUUAUUAAUUUGAGUUUGAAGACAAAGUUAUAUAUUAAUUUUUUGGUGCGGUUCUCUAAUUAUUUGUUUGAAUUUUGUGAGAUUGUUUUAAAAAUUCCAAGACAGAGUUGCAAGAAGCGAGUGCUUUGCUAUAAAAGAAAAAAAAAGAAUUCAGAAAUAUAUUUUGACUCAGCAGUGUGAACAUUUUUGUGAAAUGUAAACGUCCUCCACGGCUCGACUACUUGUAGACUCUAUGUUCACCAAUAUAUAGCGUAACACUUAUGCAGUGCCCAUUCUCUGGAGGAAGAGACAGACAAACUCCGCCAAAGUAUAAGAAGUGAAAUUUCCAGACGUUGGUCGUGCAGCUAAAAUCGUGACUCGAGAUUUUCUGAGAAGUACCCACCGAGUUUAAAAAUCCAUUAUAUUUGAUUUAAAGCAUUGUGUUGUGGCGAAAAUUCAGCAAAUUGAAUGGUUGCAGUAAAAAAGUAAAUGUGACACCUGGAUUCUUCAGUUUAUGUUGUCAAGAAAUUGAAAGUGGAAGAUCUAAAGAUAGACGUUACAUGAGCAAAACCCCUACGCUCAAAUUGAUAAGCAACAUUUGUACUUAUUGGUGUGUUACGCACAGAACUACAAGACGCCACUGCGGCUUUGUGUACCCCCCAACAGAAGUACACUACCUAAAGUUCUGUAGUCUGAAUAAUAACUGAAUGACAUGCAUAUCGAAUUUCUAUAAAUAUUUAUACAACCGAUUAUCAUGAGAUUCGCGUAAUCACAAAACGUGAAUUAUUGAGUUCUGUGAACGCAUCACCAUUCUUGCUGAAUAAGUAUUUCGCACGAAAACCCAUUUGCCAAGUCACAUAAAAAGGAUAAAAAAAUUUUUAAAAAAAUGGGCAAAUAAAUAUGCUGAGAAAAUCUAAACCAGGAAAGAUUGCACACAGAUAUGGCUAUAGAUUUCUUAAUUGGAGCUCUACUAUUGCUCUCAGUGAGCGUCAAUGUACUGGCACUUGGUGUCUUCUGGAUGACACCAAGCCUCAGAACAACAGCCAAUCGCUUUGUCAUCAAUCUACUUAUUGUUAACCUCGUCUGCUGUUUAUUCCUUGGACCAUCUCUUCUGCUCAAUUCAUUUGAUUUGCGUGAUUCAAGAGAUGAUUCCAAUGACCUAUCAGAUGCACUAUCAGACAUCAACUGCAGUAGCAUCAAUGGCACAGCACCAGGGUGCACAGAAAAUAUUAUCUUCAAAGAAACUUCAGUUUCUGAGAUAAAGAAUACAAUCGUUAUUACGGAAUUUGAGGAAAAGGUGAAGGAGUUGGAUGAUGAAGAUGAUUCAAUUUUGCCAAGCAAUCGUCUUUGGACUCUAGAUGUGGCAGCAGCUUUGGGUGCUCUAUCAGUACUCUUGGUGGUUGGAGAUACGUGGUGUGCUGUGACUGAUCCACUGCGAUACCAUACGAGGGUAUCAGCACCGCGAGCAUGGGCCCUCAUUGGAGCUACAUGGUGCCUAGGUAUUGUCUUUGGUGUGGCAUCAUCAUUUCGUGGGGAUGACACUGUCUUGUACGAAUCAUAUGGGAUCUACGGAGCUGUGUUCUCAUUUGCGUACUUCUUCGUCAUCAUCCUGCUGCCCUUUGGCCUGGUGUGUGCCAUGUAUUGGCGAAUAUUCCGAGAAGCACGUGAAAAUGGGCUCAGAAUGCGCCAAAAUGGAUCAUCUCCACUCCUCCAGAGUGCUCUGAAUCUCACAUCUUUCAACACCCAACAAUCACCGCAGAACUUUCCCAAUGAGCGCCAAUCGGCGCCUGGGGAUCUUCCACCACGCGACGGAGGAGAGUACGAAGCCAAAGAUUCGUGUACUAAGCCACUGCUACUAAAAAAUAAUCUCGAAAUACCAAAGUCAAUAGAUAACAAUCAGAAUAACAUCCUACUAUCGCUAUCACUGGAGAGUGGUGAAUCAAUGAGGCGAAAUUACAGUGCACGCCAAUUGUUCCCUCAUGAGGACCUCGAUAAGCUCAAAUGUGACUUGAGGCAUGCGAAUUCCACGCCAAAUCUCCAAAAGCUCACAACGGUGGUUAAUGUGUCGGGACCACUGCUUCCUCUGCCCACGGUCCAGGUGCACCCAAAGGCCCUAAGCUACAUGACAUCCAUCCGACAUAGACUCUCUAAUGCCUCAUCACUGUUCAAGUAUCGCGAGGAAUCCCGCGCUGCUCGUAUUAGUAUUCUCGUGAUAAUCAUGUUCCUUAUUUCCUACAUCCCAUUUGGUAUUCUCGUACUCCUCGAAGGUCACAGCGUGCCCCUCCUCAGUCCCUCCGAUCGCACGCUCGUCUCCAUCUUUGCAGUAGUGCUGGCCAAUCUCAGUUCACCCUUCAUCUUUGCCUAUCGCAACAAACGUGUCCAACGUGGCGUAAGACGCCUAAUGAGUAUUAAUGUCAAGAGAAAUCAACGUCUUCAGCGACGCCGCAACAGCACCAAAACUAAGACCAUCACCCUGGCCGCAGCAGCUACCAAGGCUGACGGGAAGUGUUCAUCAAACUCCACAAAUACUUUUGUGAUGGAGGUGGAAAAGUGUGCGGACUUUGCGGUUGAUCAGCAAAAGAUUUACAACCAACAUAAUCUGCAUCCACCCACCCAUAUUCCCGGCUUCGUACCACACUCUACGCCACCCCGUUCGAGCGAUGUGCACUCGUUAUACGAUAAAAAGCAUUCUUUGCUCAAUAGAAUGUGCGAUACAACAUGGAAAAAAUGGGGCUGUACCACGGAUUCUUGUGUCGGCGAACAAACAGAUGUUUAAUAAGAACACCCAACUACUACUCCUACUCCUUAUAAGAGUGCACGGAAUUUCUGUAAUCGUGCCACAAGAAUUUAAAACAAUUAUUAAACAUUUUAAUUUUCUCUGAAAUAUUCUCAGAUUUGAAAAUGAAGGAAAAAAACUCAUAUCAAGAAUUUAAAAAUUUAGAAGAAAAAAAGAAUUUUCUUAAAGAUAUUCUUUAACACAAUUUUCAGUAUUUAUGAAUGAAAUUACUUAUCUUUUGUCCAAUUCAUGUUACGCCAGAUAAAAAUGUAUUUUUUAAUAUUUAGUAUAAUUAGAUAUUAAAAUAUUUACAGAGUACCACUGACUAGACUGUAUAGUUGAAAAUUAUUUUUUUAAAAGUUAUUUGAUAGUUUUGUAAAAAUAAAUAUUAAUAAUAACUCGACGAUUUAUCUUUCAUAUUUUGACAUUUUUAUCUUUUUUUUUGCAAAAAAAACCUAUCUUAAAAAAUAUUUAUUAAUUAAAAUAAAUUCUUUAGCCAUUCUGCCAUGAAGAAGAAUUUCUAUUAGAAUAAAAAUUAUGAAUGAAAAUUCUGAAAAAUGAAAAAUUUCAUUGAAUUUUAAUUUAUAUCUUUUGCAUAUAUUUUCUUUUACUGUAUAUUUUUUUAGACUUUCUUAGUUUAGAACUAUUUUGCCAACAAAAAAUAAUCACCCAAAAAAAACUUUAAUGUGAAUAAUCCCUCUCUAUCUUGAAAUAAUUCCAAAAACGAAUUUAUCUUAAUAGCAAUGCCAGAAGAAAAAAAAUGGAAUGCGAUUUCUUGACAUUCUAAACACCCACAUAAUAAUGUAUUAUGUACCCCACAAUAUAUUAGGUAUUUAUUUACAUAGUUAGAUUUCUUUAAGCAUUUGCAAAGAACGUGGGAAUUGAAGUAGAACAUUUUUUUUCUUUCAAUGUACAUUUAAGAUGCAUUAACACCAAAUAGCUUAUGAAUCCAUGAUUCUAAAGAUUUUAGAAAGUUACAAAAAAUUUUAGUUGAAUAAAAUUUAUAGAAAUUGUAUCAAUUGAAGAAUUAUUUUAUUUUUUAUACAUACUAAACAGGAAUGCUCUUAAAUACAAAAUAUUAAAAGAAUUUAUAAUGUAAAUGAUGUAAAAUAAAAAAAAUGCCAAAUUGUAAAAAUAGUGCUGAAUAUUUUUCAUUUUUUUCUGAUUUUCUUUUAAAUUAUUUUUAGAAUAAAAAAAAUUGACGGAUUUAUUAAAAAUUAAUCCAAAUCAUGUUAAAGAGAAAGUAUGUAAAUAAAACGUUGAGAUAAAAAGAA